CUUGAAUUUUUGUUUUUGUGAUUGAAUUUUUAACUUUCAUCUUGGUUUUUUUUUAUUUUAAUUGUUCUAAUUAAUUCUUAUUGUUUUAUCUUAUCGUUUUCUCUUUAUACCAUUGAUCUACAAUGGAAUUGAGUAAAAAUAAACGCUAUCGAUUUAUUCGUGAUGAUAGAUUCCAUAUAUUUGCCGAUAUUAGUAUUGAAACUCAGCUUAAAAAGCUUGAUAUUUGCCCUAGGAAUCUUAAACUAAUGCUUAUCUCUUUCAUGAAAGACGCUUUUGGUGAUUAUGGUGUCUCAAUUCCUAUAGAUGUAAUGAGUUUCUCGAAUAAAGAUUGUCGAGCAUUCAUUAGAUUUCCAGCAAGGGACAGUGUUAGAGUUCAAAGUGCUUUGGCCUUAGCACAUACUUGGGAAAACCGAUCAAUCCAUAUAAUGAUUCAUAAGAUUUCACAUGCAAUCUCAUCUCUAUGUUUAAACUCACACGAUCAAGCUCAUCAAAUAGCUGAUAAAUGGAAUUGACGUUUAGCUUAAGAAAUUAGUCCGAUAAACCAACAAACAAACAAACAAACUCUAUACAUAUUUAAAUUAAUAACUAAUCAAAUACACAAAUGAACACAAACAAAAAGCAAUCAACAAAUUUUUCUAACCAACACAAGAAGAAAAAAAUCUCUAACCUUGUAAAUCAUUGGAAAUCUUUUCUUUUUUUUAUCAUCAUAAUUCUAACAAUUAAGCCUCUGGACAAUAAACUCGUGCAACGUACAAAAAACAAACAAUUAAAAAAAGAUAAAAAUUGAAACAAUACAAAACAAGAGCAAAAAUAA